CAGAGCCAAGGGCAGAGAGAACAGACACUCACCCGGCUGCCAUGGCCUCCACAGCUGCAGCAGGGGACAUAGAAGAUGAUGCCAUUUGCUCCAUCUGCCUGGAGUAUCUGACAGAGCCGGUGACUAUAGCGUGUGGGCACAACUUCUGCCGAGCCUGCAUCACCCAGUACUGUGAGGAAAAGGGAACGGGGACACCCCUGACCUGUCCCCAGUGCAGAGCCCAAUUCCAGAAAGGGGAGUUCAAACCCAACACCCAGCUGAACAACAUCGUACAAAAGAUCAAACAACUGGGGUUAAAACCAGGAAAAGGGCAAAAGGAGGAUCUGUGUGAGAGACAUGAGGAACGUCUCAAACUCUUCUGUGAGGACGAUGGAGAAACUAUUUGCUUGGUGUGUGAGAAAUCCCGGGACCACAAGUCUCACACGGUGGUUCCCAAGGAGGAGGCUGCCCAGGAGUACAAGGUGACUCUGGAUCCAGACACGGCAAAUCCCUGGCUUAUCCUCUCUGAGGAUCGGAAACGUGUGAGACACGGAGACACACAACAGAAUCUGCCCAACAAUCCUGAGAGAUUUGAUACAUAUCCCAUUGUCCUGGGCACUGAGGGGUUCGCGGGCGGGAGGCGUUACUGGGAGGUGGAGGUGGGAGACAAGACUGAGUGGGACCUGGGGGUUUGUAGGGAAUCUCUGAGCAGGAAGAGCUGGGUCACAUUCACACCCGGGAAUGGAUACUGGGUCUUGCGGCUGGAGGAUGAGGAAUACAAAGCCUUCACCUCCCCCCUGACCCUCCUCCCCGUGAGCGUCAGGCCCAGCCGGGUGGGGAUAUUCCUGGACUAUGAGGCGGGCGAGGUCUCAUUUUACAAUGUGACUGACAGGUCCCAUCUCUUCACUUUCACUGACACCUUCUCCGGGACGCUCCACCCUUAUUUCUGUCCCUGGGUCAGUGCUGGGGGUAAAAGGGUGGCUCCUCUGAUAAUCUGCCCGGUCCCAGCUGAGUCUGGAGGGAAUCUCUGUCCCUGA